CGCACUCGUUCAGCCAUUUUGUGCGCGGCGAGACGCUCGCACCGCUGUUGUCCGUGGAACGCCGCGCGACGUCCAUCUCUCGCGUCGUCUCGCCCUUCCGAUCUCGCCACCCUCCGCUAAUUAGCGAGCGAGCGUUGUCGCCGCUCGCGACCAACCACCUCUGUCUGACGAGACGGACGCGGACGCGCUUUGUGGACCUUUUCUUACAUCAAUCAUCGAAAAUCACGUGCGGAAAUCGACUCUCCAGUGAUCGCAUACAUAGCCACACCGCAUUAGUCAUCAAUGACGAAACAAAUAAACAAAUAAAUGCAAGCCAAGUGAGUUCCAGCAAUAUAUCCAACAAGAGAACCGAGUGUGUGUGUGCGUUGAGUUCUUUCUUCUUGCGCCCGGUGUAGUAGGUACUACCUGCACUUGUGCUCUGUCUGUGCUCUCUGUGGAUACCCUUCGGCUGCGAUCGCGUUGUGUUUAUUAUUAGUUCCAUCCGCGCAGCACUCUUACCUGCGAAACGACGCGCGCGAGCAGCGGAGGAGAAGAAAACGAAGCACGGCCAGCCCCAGCAGUGUCCGGUUCAAGUUGAGUGAUAUACGAGCCAUUAGUGCGGUGGUCGCGGCGAAUAAGUCCAAGUCGUCCAGAUCAUGCCGCAAUAAAUGAUCGCUGCGCGCGGAUUUCGAGCGGUCUGCUCGCCGGAUUUAAUCAUUUCAUGUUUUUGGUCAACAUACACUACCUGUGAUAACAAUAGGAGCAGUGCUGCAGUUACGGAUACUAUCGUUAAUGUAAUGUCGUGCCACAUGAUGGGUUGAAUUCGUGGAAUGUUUUCACAAAGAAAGCAUACAGCUAAAUCUGUGCAUUGAGAGUGCGGUGCAAUGGAUAAGGAAAAUGGGAAGGGCAGCGAAGGUAGUUCCGGUUCCAGCAAACUAUCCAAUCCAGCAGAUCCAGCAGCACUUUUGGACGCGGCGAGUUUAUUUGGCGCUUAUUGGCCCCGAGGAGAUGCAAACACGGCAAAUCUUUUCGCGGCGGCGGCGGCCGGCGGGUACGGUUUGGGCCCGCAUGGCGGCAUGCCGUUUUCGAUGCUGCCCCCGACAUCGGGACGCGGCGGUGUGCCCGCCUAUCCCCCGGCGUCGGUGGCGUCCAGUGCCGCGGCCGCCUACAACAACGCCUACACGAAUACGCUCUCGGUGGCCGCCAGCCAGGCAGCCAGUUUAGGCAUACCUGCUGCAAGUGCUGCUUGGUGGUCGAUGGCGUCACAGUUGGCGGCGCAGGACUACCUCGCGAGGCUACAGGCCUCCGGCCUGAACUUCCCCGGCCUCAAUCCUGCCGACCCGUACGCGGCGCUCGGUUUACCGUCGCUCCCCGGCGCUGGUGGGCAUCACAAGUCGUCGAAGUCGAAAUCACUGCCGAAGAAUUCAAAGGAUAAGAACUCGUCGCACUCCAACUCGAACUCAAAGCACGACGCCGCCAAGAACAACUCGAAUAGCAAGGCGAGCAACGCGAAGUACUCGACCGCCUCCGGCCUCACCAUCCACCCCACGUCGAGCGCGUCGACGAUGAUGGCGAACAACGUGGGCGGUUCGCACGAGAAGCGCCGCAACAACUCGCACAAGAGUAAUAAUAGCGCCAAUAGUCUGAAGAGUUUGGUGCCGCCGCGCACGGCCACCUCCAGUAUUUUCACUAGUCCGCUCAGUCUGGCCAGCGCCGCCGUUUCGGAGGCCGACCGACACAACAGCACCAACUCGUCCAGCACGUCGACGACGCAAAGCCUCAGCGCCACCACCCCCAGCCUACCGCCCAGUAUUCUCAGUGCUGCAUUAGAGGGCAACGGUGAUCCUAAUUCUAUUCUCGGUGGUGUGCGUCUUCCACCCGAUACUGAAAUAAUUAAAUACACGUCGUCGAUCGUUGGACCGAAAAUUCCGGGCACGACGAACAGGGGUCGCAAGAAGACGAUCUCGUUGGACCCGCCGCACGUCAGCGUUCAUCCCACGCACUCCAGCACCGGCAUGUUGAUCGAGCGGAGCGCAAAAAGACAAAGACUGGAUUCUUCCGGAUCAGAUCACAAUAGUACGACGUCGAAUUCGGGAAUCAACGACAGGGUAGAAGUGAUAAAGCUGCCGGCGACCAACGGCAGUCCAUCGACGGCGGGUAGUGGCGGCGGUGCGUACAAUCACAGCUACGACGGGGGCGGCGGCGGCGGUGGUGGUGAAGCGCCGCUGAAUCUCUCGCUCAAGCCGACGACGAGCAACCACAAUAGCAGUACGUCCUCCUCUCUUAAUUCGCUAAGCAACAUGUCUGCAAAUAUCGGCCUGGAUCGUAUAUCGCGUAGAAAGCCAGGACCUAAGCCGCGUAAAGUCCUACAGCCAUCACUGCCUCCGGGCGCACCUAGCGCGUCCCUGGUGCAGCUCUUUGCGAGCGCCGACGUGCCGCGACCCUCUAGUCGCUCCGACGCUGAUACACCGCUGACGACAACUGGCGGCACUACAAUCAGUGCGUUACCUGCGCCGGUGAAUCAUAAAGACGCGCGGCCGAGGAAUCUCGGUCGUGGUGUCAGCAAACCCAAGAAGAACACGGUCGCUUCGUUGUUGGCACAAAGUCGCGCAUUGGGAAUUAAACCAAUGCCAAUUUUAGAUCCGAACGCAUCCAUGUCGCAACAAAUGUCGCUUCUCAAGUCGAACAUUCUCGCCGCCCAGCAAUACAUUGCCGAGGUGGGCGGGGACGAAAAGACGCUCAACAAAUUCCUCCAGGAGAAGUUUCGCGGUGCGCUGAGCGACUCCAGUACAGUGGAGGCGUCUGAUUCCGAUAAUCUCACCGACUCGAAUCAGACCGACUCUGAAAUGGAAGCGGACUUUAUUACAAAGCGGCAGAAGCAGUAUGACGAACGCAUGCUGAAGAUUCCGCUGGAGAAGGGCUGGAAACGUGAGACGAUCAUCAGAGGUAUCACAAAGAGCGGUGGAAUCAAGGGUGAUGUGACGUAUGUUGCGCCCGAAUCGAGCAAUAAGUUCAAACAGAUGUCGGACGUCACGCAGUAUCUCGAAUAUCAGAAGGCCACUGAUCUCACCAAGGAAAACUUUACGUUUAGUUGUCGUGUUAUCCUCGGCGAUUAUUUGCAAGCGAUGCCUCCGGAGUUUGGAGGUGAUGGGGAGUUUAUUCGAAUGUCCGAGGAGGAUGUUUCAAAGAGAUUAGAGGAAUUGAAAGCCGCGAUGCGAACAAGCCUACCAGUCGAACAAAGAAUUGAAGUAGCACGUAGACAACAAGCUGCCCGUGCGGCCGCACGAAUGGACCGCGAACAAGCGCGAAUCCAAAGAGAAAUUGAACGCUCUGAGCGACAGGAAGCUGCCAGAAGAGACAAGGAAGCCCGAACGCAACAACUAUUGGAGGGCCGCAAGCGACUAGCGUUCACUUUAGAGCAGAAGGUACAGAUAAUAUCUGAAAUUGAGGGCGGCAAGUCGAAAUCAGACGUCUCUCGAGAGCUCGGCUUGGCGAGCUCAACGGUCGCCACGAUUUGGAAGAACCGCGACAAUAUUAUCAGCGCGUACGGUACCGAAUAUUUCGGCCGUGACAGCCCCAAUUAUUUUGACAAAUUUGCAAAGGCGGACCUCACGAUGUCUGAUUGCGUUCACCCGGCAAAGCGAAAGCGCCAGGAGGAGCAGGAGAAGAUGAAACAGGAAGAACAACAGCGCAAGCAACAGGAGCGAGAAUUGAAGCGACAACAGGCCGCGCUGCUGAAAGAACAGAUGUACAUACAGGAAAUCAGUAAACAGCGAGAGUUGCUCUACACUGUCGAACUGGAGCGCGAACGCAGAAGGCAGCACAUGACCCUGAUCAAGAGUUUGGAAAGUCGCAGGAAGUUGGAGGAGCGCGAACGAAAGAAGCAGCAAGCGUUAGCUGAGAAGCAAGCCAACAAGGAGAAGAAAAUGGAACAGCGUCGCAUUGAACUAGAGAUUCUUGCAGAAUUGCGUAAGCCAUGCGAGGAUUUGGAACUUGUUGAUCAGGUGCCGAUGCCGGAGUUUCCGCGCAUUACAGGACUUAAACUGUGUGGUAAAGCGUUUGGUGAUGCACUGAUGGUGUUUGAAUUCCUACACAAUUUCGGCGAGACGCUUGGGUUUGAUAUGGAGUCGCUGCCGACGUUGGAUUCGCUCCAAACCGCGCUUCUUAGCGGUGAAGGGUCACAGGAUGCCGAGGAAGAGAUGCUUUCGGUGAUGUCACAUCUUAUUAUUUGCGCGAUUGAAGAUCCAGGUAUUCCUAAUCCUGCCAGGCAUACUACUAUAUUGGGGCAGAGUCUCAGGCAAGCCGACAUUACUCACGCAAACCUGUCGGAGAUUCUCAGGAUUUACCUGUAUGCUAAUGCAACAGGUGAAGUGAAGGCAUUGACCGGGGUUGCGUUCGAGCGUGAUCGUGAGAAGCGCGUGGCGGAUCAUCAUCAGAAUGUUUGCGAGAUGCAGCAAACUGUGGCGGGGAAAAAUUCGCAUUACUACGAGCAGCUGCACGAUAAUCCUACGUGGAAGAUGUCUGACAUGCUAAAGGAUAAACCUUUCCUGGCGCUGUCGCCUACUGACAAGGCUGCAAUUCUUGCGUUCAUUUGCAAUGAACUGCUGCAGAACAAGGCUGUGAUUCGCCAAAUUGAAACGUCCAUGGAGACUGUGGCGCAGGGCAGAAAAGAUAAAUGGGUGAUUGACGCCAAGGUGCGGAAGUUGCGCAUGUUGCACAAUCGUAAAGUGCGUACGGAAGCGAUUGAAAAGGAAGUUCGAUGCGGAUUGAAACCUGAGGGUGAAGCUGGUGCAAAUGAAUCAGGUGUAAUGGAUUCUCCUGCCUUGAAUAGCAAAGACGAGCUUGGUUUGGACGAGGAGGACAACGAAAUGAGCGAAAAUGAGAGUCUCUGUACACAACCUGAGGAGGAAGAAGACUCGAAAUUAUCAGGCGAGGAAUUGGGUAAAAAGUUAGAGAAAGUAUUGAAGCACUCAGAGGCGCAGCUGCAGUUGAUCAACAAUGCGUCGCAUCAGUUGAGAGCGACGUGUUUUGGUCAAGAUCGAUUCUUUCGCCGUUAUUGGACUUUGCCGACAGCGGGUGGCAUCUUUGUGGAGGCUAUGGAAGCUGCCGAACCGGAAGCGUUGGAGGACAUUAUCGCGGCUGAUAAGCGCUACGCCGAAAUGGGUCUCAGAAAUAUUGAGGAUCUCAAGAAUGUGAUGAAGGAUGUGGACGACGAGGAGGAGGAUAAUACUGAAGCUGAUAUGGAAGUUAGUGAAAUUGUAUCCAAACAAGAUGAAACGGUCGACAAGGAAGAUACUGCCAAUGAAAUCAUCGAAGACGUGGACGUUGAUAAACAAAUAGAUAACAAUGCUAACGAGCCGCUGAAGCCGCCUAAACAUAUGGAGAACGGCGAGGUUUACGACAAAGUCGAACACAACUUGGACGAGCUCAAGAAGAGCGUAGACAAGAUGGUGAACGACAUUGAGAAAACCGAUCAGGUUGAUGCCAAAGACAACAAUAAGGAAAACAAGGAGAUCGAAGUCAACAAGACGGAAAACUGCAUCACACCGACCAUCAAGCUGGAACCUGACACCGAUAAAAAGUUUAAUCUUUUUGAAAAACUCGGCGAGUGCAUGGAACGCGAGCACACUAACGAUGUGAGCGUCAAACAGGAAGUCAAAGAGGAGCUGAAGCAGGAAAUUCUCAACGAGCUUAAAACCGAAGUUGCUACCGAUGCAGUUGCCGAGGUUCCGGUUCCAGCUCGCGAAAUAAAGACUGAAAAUGACGAGGAGAAGCCUUUGAUCGAAAGCGAGCAGAAGUGGUUUAGCAUUUUGGCCAAGGACGGCAGUAGUUGUGAAGGCAUUCACAUGACUUCAGGCAAUCGCUGGGAUAAUGGUGUUGGUGCAUGCACUCGCGACAACAUCACCGAACUGAAGAUUCCCGUCUUCCCCCCGCCUAACUCGAACGCUUCCUACUGUAGCAAUAGUUGCGACAGUCCAGCGCCUCUACAGAUUACUCCAGAGGAGAGCGCUCAGCUGGAAUAUAUUAAGAAACAUGGUUUGCCAAAGCCGUGCGAAAGAAAAAUUGUUAGCGAGGAUAAAAGAUAUGGCUGGUGGAGGAUUACGGAUGUGGAGCAGUUGUAUGCGGUUGUCGAUAGUCUGCAUGCGCGCGGUGCACGCGAAAAAGAGUUUAAGCGGACAUUGCUUACAACAAUGCAAACUUUAUACGAACAGCCAGGGAAAAUGUUUAUUGAAGAGGGAAAUACUGAUGCGACUGAACUGAUUCUGGAUGAUGAUUACGAAGAGGUUGACUUUGGGGAAUCCGGAGCACCGCGGCCAGAUGAGCGGGGAGAAUGGAAUGAAGUUGUUGCGCAAAGAGUUGACAUCGCUUUGCUUGAGCAGGUGGAAGCGCUUGAAGACAAAGUGGCAAAUGCGAGUAUGCAGCAGAAAGGUUGGAAGGUACCAGUCAGGGAGUGUACAGAUGCGGAUGCGUGGCAAUCUGUUGCAAUGGCCAAGGAGAGAUUGGCGAGUUUGGAGGCGGCAAUCGAAAGACGCUACUUGAAACCGCCGUUAGGUGUCAAUACUGGUGAUCCAAAUCUGGCAGCAAUUGCUCAGGAAGCAGGAGGGGCAGCAUUACCCGCACAACCAAUCCCGGCACCCGACGAGAUUCCAAAAGGUCUGGCCGUGUGGCGCGAGGCGGUGAACCGAUCGGGGACAUCUGCGCAGCUGGCGAUGUGCCUGUACACGUUGGAGGCGUCCAUCGCUUGGGACAAGAGUAUCAUGAAAGCUGUGAGCCCCUCUCCUGUCUUUAAUAAACAGAGAGCCCGAAAAUAUAACAGCAAGCUGAGUAAUUGUCAGUUCUGCAACAGCGGCGACAAUGAAGAUAAACUGCUGCUUUGUGAUAGUUGCGAUAAAGGCUAUCAUACGUACUGCUUCAGGCCAAAGUUGGAUACGAUUCCGGACGGAGACUGGUAUUGUCAUGAAUGCAUGAAUAAGGCAACGGGCGAGAAAAAUUGCAUCGUGUGCGGUAAAAAGCAGUCGGCGACCAACACGCGCCUGAUCACGUGCGAAGUAUGCCCGCGCGGCUACCACAUCGACUGCAUGAACCCGCCGAUGAGCAAGGCGCCGCGCGGCAAAUGGUAUUGCGCCAAUUGCAUUUCAAAGAAACCCCAGAAAAAGGCCGUAAAGAAACCGAAGCCUAAUCGGGAUAGUGAAUCCUCCGAGCAUCCCCCUCUAAGUCCAGCAGCAUCGCACAGCUCGGCAACAACCAACGAAGAGAUAGGUGCGCUUGCGGCGGCUAAUCAUGCGCUAGCGGCGGUCAACCACGCACCGGCCGCGAGUGCAGCCGUCGUCGCGGCGCCUCCGAUGCCGACGCAGGCCGCGCCCGCAGCGACGAGUGCGUGCGACUCGGCGCCGCAAUCGCCGCCGCCGCCGCACGUGCACGCGGCGAUGCCGACGACGCCGCCAGCGGCGCAGAGCACCAGCGCCGCGCGCAAAGAAAAGCUCGCCAGGAAGCUGGCCAAGGAGCUGGCGCCUUGUAAGGCCAUCUUGGAUGAUCUUGAGGUACACGACGAUGCCUGGCCUUUCCUUCUUCCUGUCAACACUAAACAAUUUCCCACCUACAAGAAGAUUAUCAAAAGUCCUAUGGAUCUGAGCACGAUCAGGAAGCGCUUACUUGACUUAACAUACAAGUCCAAGGAAGAGUUUUGCAUCGACGUUCGUCAAAUCUUCAACAAUUGCGAGACGUUCAACGAGGACGAUUCUCCCGUAGGGAAGGCGGGCCAUUGCAUGCGCCAGUUCUUUGAGGCGCGUUGGAACGAGUUGUGCCUGUCGCAUCCGCACAGUUGAGGUUUGCUUUUGCCCAAGCGCCCAUAUGUGCGCAGGGCGCGCCCGCCUGAUGGGUUUGCCAUAGGCGAUUGUGUAGACGAGCACCGGAAGUGAUUUCUUCGACGACAAGUAUUUUGAAGUGUGUGAUAAUCAAAGAACUUAAUUAAAUGUAUACUAAGCUUUGAGAUACUAUUGGAGACUAAAAGUUGACUCAUAUGUUGCAUCGAAACUUAACGUGCAUGACUUAAUAACACUGAAACUGAGGAGAAAAACUACAAUUUUAUAACAAAAAAAUGAAUGAAACAAAAAGAAAAUUGUAUACAUAGCUGAUAAAAAUCGAACAAAUGUUUUCUGACAAAUGGAAGAACAAACGUUUUUGCGUCAUGACUUGUGUUUAUAUUUUUGAUAUUUGUAUUUUUUAUAUGCUUCGGAAUAAUUUAUUGUAAUAAUCUUAGCUUUCUCGGCUUAUUUAUAGAGCUCGUUCGGCUUAAAUCUUAUUUAUUAAUUAGUUAUGUACAACGUCCAAUGUGCUUAAGUUUUAAAUUUACAACAAGAAUGAACGUAAUCAUUCCAAGGUGGACACCGAUGCUGGCGAUCGACAAAGGCGCGCAUCUUUUACAAUGUAUUUGCAGGUUUGCAUUUAAGUUCUCUAUCAGGCUGAUAAAGACUUGUAUAAAUUGUAUAUUAUUGACGACUUAAAAGAAGUCUACGCCCCUAAUAUUUAAUUAAAAAUUCUCUCAAUUUUGGUUCCACUUUGCUGAACAUAGUUCUGACUUCAAAUUGUAUUUGACGAUAUGAAUGUGUUUUUGUAGCACUAGUUCUGAUCGUGGCCGACUUCGCGAUUGGCUAGAAAUGUAGUUGUGUAAUCGAGUGUAAGAUAUUUAUAUUAUUUAAAUAUAAAUGUAAAUAUUAAUAA